AUGGGCAAACCACGCGCAGGUCGUUCGCUAGCUGAGCAGCUCGCUGAUUUUGAAGACCCAACUCCUAAAGACUUCGAUCCCGAGGAUAUUGAUAAUGGUCAACAAUCAAGUGACGAGGAAGGUGAAGAUAAAGAUGAAGUGACUACUGGGAGAGAGCAUUAUGAGACUGUUGGAAAGGCAAAGCUGCGCAAAGACGACCCCAUCCCGCUGGGGAAACAAUAUGACGGUGCCCGGGUGAGCCGGGCGGCGCUUGGCGCUGAAAGUGAAGAAGAUCAGAGCAGCACGGGAGCCGACUCCGACGAGGAAGACGAGGGCCUAGAUGACCUCUCUGCCUCCGAGAGCCUGGUCAGCGACGACAGCGCCCUUGCCCAGGAGAGUUCCGACGAGGAAGCAGACGACAGUGGCGGCAAUGACACCGACGAGAGCACCGACGAUGAAGAGGACGAACUCGAGGAUGACGAGGAGGUAGUGGAACAGCACUCCAAGAAGGCCCAUAAGGAUGGCCGGCAUGAUGGCGGCGCAAGGUCCGGAGACCGAGACGAGAUUCGGAGACUAAUGGCGACUGAUCAGAAAGCCAUUGCUGCAACAAUAUCCUCGGCAGCCAAGGCCGAUGCUACGAAGGGAAAGGCUGUAAAGCAACAACGUACCACUUUUGACGCCCUCCUCAACGCGCGGAUCAAGCUUCAAGGUGGAUUGACAGCUAUCAACGGUAUUGCUGCUGCUUUGGGAUCGAAGAGUGAUGAAAGCGAAGAGAAGUCGAUGGAGAUUGAUGAAGAAGAAGUGGUUGAUGAGGAAGCAAUCAAGUCGGCGGAGUCUGCUGCAAUGGCAUUAUGGUCUACCCUCGAAGGCUUACGCUCUGCUCUGGCAGACGCCGCCACCAAAGAGGGCAAAAAACGCAAGAGACCCUCCCCCGCCUCUCUUACUACUAGCUCCGCCUCGUUAUGGGAACGUAUGGCUGAAUUGGAAUCUGAGUCCACCUCGCACCGUCGCUCUGUCCUCGACAAGUGGUCCUCGAAAGUCAGAGGCACUUCUGGAUCUCUCCCCAACGCCAGAGGCAAGCUCCUCGGUUCUACCUCAGGUCGCCAACAGACCAUCACAGCCGUCCUCGAUGCUCAAAUAGCCACAGAGAUUGGAGAGCGAUCUUCCAAACGUUCUCGCACUUCUGACAAGCAAGAACCUGUUUACGAUGACGGUGCUUUCUACCAGACUCUUCUGCGUGAUCUCGUUGAACAACGCAUGUCCUCAUCCGAUUCUAUGACCAGCGGCUUUGACAACUUGCAACAGCUGCCCUCCCGCCUGCCCAUUCACCCGAUCACUGGUAUGCGCAACGAUAAGGUGAAGCGAGAGAUUGAUACCCGUGCCUCCAAAGGUCGCAAGAUGAAGUACACUGUGCAUGAAAAGCUCCAGAACUUCAUGGCCCCCGAUGACCGUGGUUCCUGGACUACGCGCGCACGAGAUGAGUUCUUUGCCUCUCUGCUCGGCAAAACAGCCAGUGGACUACUUGGCGAAGGUGAUGAGGAUGCCAGCGAUGAGGAUGAGGUUGAUCGUGAGGAAGGAGGCUUGAGACUGUUCCGGAACUAG